GCCCCGACAUUGUGAAUAUGUUUUAAAAGUGAAAAGUGAUUAGUGUUCUGUGCAGUGAAAAGAGUUUUGAAGUGGAUCAAAAGGAUCCGUAGGACUACGGAUUACCAGUGCUGGUUCUUUGUGCUCGAAAGGAAAACGGAUUACCAGUGAUAUAUGAAGCUAUUCCUCUAAGGAUAUUGUGCCAGCCAUAAAAUGGCAUUUAAAUUGAUAUACUGUUUGACUUGGCUCCUCAUUUUCAGCCAUGUGUUUGCCGAGGAAGGUGAUAUUGUGAUGACGGACGACGAGGAUCAGAGUUUAGAUCCCGUGGCUCAAACUGUACCGGAAGUUGACGAUAAGGAACGCGACGAGCGCCAUAUAAAAUUCCAUAUCCAUCAAGCGCCACCAGUGAGUGCGGCCUACAGCUACAGUUAUAGUGAUGGUGCCGCUCAAGGCAGAGCCGAAGGUUAUGCGCCACAUCCCGGCGGCUUUAUAGGUGGCAUCAAAGCAUCAGGCUCACAAUUAAUGACCAAUGCACUUGGCUUGCUUGGCUACGGCAAGGGUGUCAAGGGCAACUUCUAUGGCAAUGCGGCACAACAGUUACGCGCCUAUGGCAAGUGCGCUGCUCUAACCUUGCCACAAAAUGUUCUCUCCAAAUGCGAUGGUUCUGGUCGCUGUCAGGUGUUUUGCCCAGAUGGUUACACCUUUACCCCGGACACAAAAUUGCUGGACUUGUUUUGCAGCAACGAUGGCUGGAUAAUACGCAACUCGGAGUUUACCAGAAUUCCACCAUGUCAGGCCACAUGCCUGCCACCAUGUGAGAAUAAUGGCAUUUGCCUCGCAGCUGGCAUCUGUCAAUGCCCGGAGAACUUCUCGGGUCCUUUGUGCCAGCACAAAAAGUCAGUGUGUGCCGCCAAGCCGCCAGUGCCCAAGAAUUCUAAGGUGUCCUGCAAGAACAACGUUUGUCAUGCGGAAUGCAUGCGUGGCUUUCAGUUUCCCGAUAGCAGCAGCAUCACCAACAUUGAGUGUCGUAAUGGCCAAUGGAUUCACACCAAGUCGGGGCUGCCCAAGGUGCCCGAUUGUGGACCCACUUGCUCUCCGGCUUGUCAGAAUGGCGGACAAUGCAUCAGCUUCAAUGUCUGCCAGUGCUCUAAAGUGCAUCGUGGUGCCUUCUGUCAAUAUAACAUUGCCAGCUGUAAUGUGACCAAGUCCAAUUUUAAUGGCAACUAUAAGUGCGCCUACGACACGGAGGAGGCACGUUGCAGCUUCAGCUGCCCGGAAGUGCCCGGCUUAAAAGUGCAGGGACGCUUGGACAUUGAGUACAAGUGUCGCUAUCAACAGGGAGUCUACUUGCCGGCGCCAGCACCAAAGUGCAUUUUUCCACCUGGAUAUUCAAUUACAUCGGGUCGUGUACAAGUUCAACAAAUCCAGAGGGCAGGACAAAGAUAUCACGGAGCUUUUAGUGGUGAAUAUACCUCAGAAAUUCGCAGUCAGCGAGAAAUAUUACUGGCCUUGUUGGCUAAAUACAAAGAUCUCGAGCGACGCAGCGAAUGGUGGUCAUCAGAGGAGACGUUGUCGACGGCCGGAAGCUAUUCCUUGUACAUGAGUAGCGAGUUGGAUGUCGUUAUUGACAAGUCGCCAAGACCGGCACUCUGCACAACUUGGGGCGGCAUCAACAUGAAAACAUUUGAUGGUUUGGUUUUCAAAGCUCCCUUAUCCUGUUCACAUACUCUGACAACGGAUAAGGUGUCUGGCACCUUUGAUAUCACACUCAAGGCCUGUCCCUAUGGCUCUGGUUAUGGCUGCGCGCACACUCUGAAGAUUCUCUGGCAAUCGGUGCUUUAUACAUUGGAGAACUUGAAUGGCACUAUGCGUCUUUCGACGCCCAGCAAACAACUCCCAAUUCCAGUGCAGGUGAUGGGCAUGAAGGUGAUGCCAGUGGCGCAGCAUGUGCAAAUUGAUCUAGAGUCGAUUGGCAUGAAAUUGGACUGGGAUCAUCAUCAGUAUGUCGCUGUGCACGCCGGUCCACCCAUGUGGGGCAAAGUGGGUGGUCUGUGUGGCUCCCUCGAUGGCGAUUACAGCAACGAUUUGAUGUCGAAAACGGGCAAAAAGCUCGAGACCGUCAAGGCAUUCGCCGACGCCUGGCGUGUGGACGACAGCAGUGAGAUGUGCCGCGUGGAGAAUAGUGCCGAGCUGGAAUUUGGCAUGGAAUCAUGCGAACAGAGUAAAUUACAAAAGGCUGUUGGCAUCUGUGAGCGUCUGCUGGCCAAUGAGAAGCUCGGCGAUUGCAUCAAGCCAUUCAAUUAUGAUGCACUUAUCCGCACCUGCAUCGCUGACUAUUGCAAUUGUCCCAAUCGUGAGCAUCCCGAGAGCUGCAAUUGUGACGCCAUUGCCAUGCUGGCCAAGGAGUGCAUGUUCAAAGGCGUACAACUGGAGCAUGGCUGGCGCAAUCUGGAAAUAUGCCCAAUAAGCUGUGGAUUUGGUCGUGUUUAUCGCGCUUGCGGACCGGAUGUGGAGCCCACCUGUGAAUCCGAUUUGUCGUCCGUUGUGCCCACCAAAGGCAAGUGCAAUGAGGGCUGCUUCUGUCCCGAGGGCACAGUACAGUACAAGGAUGCUUGCAUCACCCGUGAGCUGUGUCCCUGCACGCUGCGUGGACGCGAAUUCAAACCGGAGGCAACAAUCAAGAAGAACUGCAACACUUGCACCUGCAAGAAUGGCCAAUGGAAGUGCACAGAUGACAAGUGUGGUGCACGUUGUGGCGCCAUUGGAGAUCCACAUUAUCAAACCUUUGAUGGCAAACGCUAUGACUUUAUGGGCAAGUGUUCUUAUUAUCUACUCAAGACUGGGAACAUGUCUGUGGAGGCGGAAAAUGUGGCCUGCUCUGGCGCUAUGUCGGAAGCUCUUAGCUAUGCUGCUCCCGAUGAUCCUUCGUGCACCAAGUCGAUCACCGUACGCUUCACGUUGCGCGAUGGCACGCCAUCUACCAUCAAACUGGAUCAGGGAUUGACCACGCUGAUCAAUGGCAAGGCCAUUGCCAAGCUGCCUAAAAUGCUGGGCGUCGGCGAGGUGUUGAUUCGUCGCGCCAGUUCCACAUUUUUGACCGUCGAGUUUGCUGGCGGCAUUCGCAUCUGGUGGGAUGGCGUGUCGCGGGUCUAUGUCGAUGCACCUGCCAGUUGGCGUGGACAGACACAAGGCUUGUGUGGUACUUUCAACUCUAAUACACAGGAUGAUUUCCUCACACCCGAAGGGGAUGUGGAGACCGCUGUGGAAGCCUUCGCUGAUAAGUGGCGCACGAAAGACACUUGUCAGUUCAAGGCGGAGACCCAUCAGGGUCCGCAUCCUUGCACGUUGAGUCCGGAGAAGAAGGCAAUAGCUGAGAAGCAUUGCGAUUGGAUCUUACAGGAUAUUUUCCAGGAAUGCCAUUUUAUGGUGGAGCCCGAGCAGUUCUAUGAGGAUUGUCUCUACGAUACGUGUGCCUGCAAAGAUGACGUUGCCAAGUGUUUCUGUCCCAUUCUCUCAUCCUAUGGCACUGAGUGCAUGCGCCAGGGUGUGAAGACUGGAUGGCGCAUGUCUGUCAAGGAGUGCGCUCCCAAGUGCCCCAUGGGUCAAGUGUUUGACGAAUGCGGCGAUGGCUGCGCUUUGACCUGUGAUGAUUUGCCGGGCAAGAAUAGCUGCAACCGCGAAUGCGUUGAGGGCUGUCGCUGUCCACAUGGCGAGUACAUCAACGAGGAUGGCGUCUGUGUGCCUAAGCACAAAUGCCACUGCAACUUUGAUGGCAUGAGCUUCCGCCCAGGUUAUAAGGAAGUGCGUCCUGGCGAGAAAUUCCUUGACCUUUGCACGUGUACCGAUGGUGUUUGGGAUUGCCAAGAUGCAGACCCUGGGGAUGAUGUCAAGUAUCCGCCUUCGUCUGAGCUGCGCAGCAAAUGUUCCAAACAAUCCUUUGCCGAGUUCACCAAGUGUGCACCCAAGGAACCAAAGACCUGCAAGAACAUGGACAAAUACGUAGCCGAUUCUACAGAAUGUCUGCCGGGCUGCGUGUGCAUGGAAGGCUACGUCUAUGAUACUUCCCGUCAGGCUUGUGUGUUGCCUACAAACUGCUCAUGUCAUCAUGCGGGCAAGAGCUACGACGAUGGCGAGAAGAUCAAGGAGGAUUGCAAUUCGUGUGUUUGUCAAUCGGGCAAUUGGAAGUGCUCUGAACAUGGCUGUGAAUCCACCUGCAGCGUCUGGGGUGAUUCACACUUUACCACCUAUGAUGGACAAGACUUUGACUUCCAGGGCGCCUGCGAUUAUGUGCUCUCCAAGGGUGUCUUUGACAAUGGCGAUGGCUUCAGCAUUACUAUUCAGAAUGUUUUGUGCGGCACAUUGGGCGUCACUUGCUCCAAGUCCUUGGAAAUCACUUUGAGUGGCCGUGUGCAGGAAUCUCUUUUGCUUAGUGCUGAUGCGGCCUACAGCGUUGAUCCCAACAAGUCGGCAAUCAAAAAAUUGCGAGACAGUGUGAACUCUAAGGGACAUAACUCUUUCCACAUCUAUAAAGCCGGUGUGUUUGUAGUGGUUGAAGUGAUUCCCCUCAAACUGCAAGUCAAAUGGGACGAGGGCACUCGAGUCUAUGUCAAAUUGGGCAACGAAUGGCGCAACAAGGUGAGCGGUCUGUGUGGCAACUACAAUGGUAACGGUCUGGAUGACAUGCAGACACCUUCGUUGGGUCUGGAAACUAGUGCAAUGCUUUUUGGUCAUGCCUGGAAACUGCAGCCACAUUGCGCUGCUCCUGUGGCUCCCAUCGAUGCCUGUCGCCAGCAUCCGGAACGCGAGACGUGGGCACAACUUAAGUGCGGCGCCUUGAAAUCUGAACUCUUUGCCCCCUGCCAUAGUGAAGUACCUCUGGAGCGUUACCUCAAGCGUUGCAUCUUCGAUACAUGCGCCUGCGAUCAAGGUGGUGACUGUGAAUGUCUCUGCACUGCGGUGGCCGCCUAUGCCGAUGCUUGCGCCCAGAAGGGCAUCAACAUACGCUGGCGUUCUCAGCAUUUCUGCCCCAUGCAAUGCGAUCCCCACUGCUCCGACUACAAAUCCUGCACACCCGCCUGUGCUGUGGAGACCUGUGACAAUUUCCUUGACCAGGGCAUCACGGAGCGCAUGUGCAACCGCGAGAACUGCAUUGAGGGCUGCUUCAUCAAACCCUGCGAGGAUGGCUAUAUCUAUUUGAACGAUACCUACAGGGAGUGUGUGCCCAAGGCGGAAUGCAAGCCUGUGUGUAUGGUGAAGGACGAUAAAACCUACUACGAGGGUGACAUUAUGUUCCAGGAUGAUUGCGCCACCUGCCGCUGCUCGAAACGCAAGGAAAUCUGCAGCGGCGUGAAGUGCGAUGCGCCUGUCACAGUAGUCACACCAUCUCCCUACGUGGAGGGCACCACAGCGCCACCGCAAGGCACUCAGGAUCAAGUUAAAUGCGGACGCGGCUGGACACGUUGGCAUGACAAGGAUGCAGACGCCUCGCAGAAGAGCGUGCGCCUCAACGAUGAAGAGAAGCUGCCGCGUUACGAUCGUAUGGAGAGCGUCUAUGGCACUUGCCUCAAGAAGUACAUGACCAAGGUGGAGUGUCGUGUGAAGGAAACGCAUGAGCCGCCCGAGCAAAUGGAUGAGAAUGUGGUGUGCAAUCUGGUGGAUGGCUUGCGCUGCAUUGGCAAGUGCCAUGACUACGAGCUACGUGCCUUCUGCCAGUGUCAAGAGGAGCCCGAAGUAACAACUGUCAAGCCCAUUGAGAAGCCACAAAUUGGUGCCAGCUGCGAUAUCGGUGUACUGGAAUACAAAGAAUAUCCGGGUGAUUGUCACAAGUUUCUGCAUUGCCAACCCAAGGGCGUGGAGGGUGGCUGGAUCUAUGUGGAGAAGACUUGCGGCGAGUUCAUGAUGUUCAAUCCCACCAUGUUCAAUUGCGAUCACAUUGCCAUUGUCCAGGAGCUAAUACCGAGCUGUGGCAAACCGAAACAGGAGCCCGACAUCGAUGCAAAGCAGUGUUUGGAGGGCAAAGUGUGGUCUGAGUGUGCCAAUCAGUGUGAACACACUUGUCACUACUAUGGCAGCAUUCUGCGCAAACGCGGACUCUGCAAACCCGGCGAACAUUGCAAACCAGGAUGUGUGGACAAACUGCGUCCCGAUUGCCCCAAGUUGGGCAAAUAUUGGCGCGAUGAGGAUACUUGUGUGCAUGCCGAUGAGUGUCCUUGCUUGGACAAAGCAGAGCAGUAUGUGCAACCGCAUAAACCUGUAGUAGGUGAGCUGGAGAUUUGCCAGUGCAUCGACAACGCAUUCACCUGUGUGCCCAACAAACCUGUUGCAACGCCAACCACAACGCCAGUGCCCUUCGUGCCCAUUGUGCCCAUUAUUCCAGUGACACUGACGCCGCCAAUGCACUGUGCUCCAGAGCGUCUUAUUCCCUUCAUUGAGAACGGUCCACACUCGCUGUCUGAUCUCGUGUUCAAUGCCAGCUCUCAACUCGCGCCCGAGCAUGCGCCUUACAAAGCCCGUUUGAGAAAGCAACCGGGAGGCGGCAGCUGGUCACCACAGAUCAACGAUCAAAUGCAGUAUUUAGAGCUGAACUUGGGACGCAAGGAGCCCAUCUACGGCGUCAUCAUGGCUGGCAGUCCUGAGUUCAACAAUUACGUGACGCUCUUCAAGAUUCUGCACAGUCACGAUGGCAUUUCUUAUGACUAUCUGGUGGAUGAGACGGAGAAGCCUCAAAUGUUCAAUGGUCCACUUGACUCGCGUGAGCCCGUUCAGUCGCUUUUCAAGAUACCCAUCGAGGCCAGUUCGUUGCGUAUUUAUCCACUGAAGUGGCAUGGAUCCAUCGCAAUGCGUGUGGAGCUGUUGAUUUGUGGUGAGUUGCCAGUAGAGCUGACACCUGUCACGCUAUUCACGAGCACCGAGCAUCCGCCGAUUCAAUUUGAGCUGGAGUGCAUCGAUGAGAUGGGAGUGGACAAGGGAGAGUUGCACGAGCAACAAUUGCAGGCGAGCAGCUUGUGGCAGCUGCCACAGGAGACGAGAAAACCACGACUGCUUGAUCUGAUGAAGCUAUCGACACCAGCUGCUUGGCGUCCACUGGCCAAUACACCCAAUGAGUUCAUUGAAUUCGAUUUCCUCGAGCCACGCAAUAUAUCCGGUUUUGUGACAAAGGGUGGACCAGAUGGUUGGGUCACUGGGUACAAGGUGCUCUUCUCCAAGAAUAAGCCCACUUGGAACACUGUGCUGGCGCCCAAUGGACAGCCACGCAUCUUUGAGGCCAAUGUGGACGAGCAUUCACCGCGCACGCAUCACUUCAAGAAGCCCAUAUUGACGCAGUACCUCAAACUGGUACCAGCGAAAUGGGAGCGCAACAUCAACAUGCGCAUUGAACCACUGGGUUGUUUUAAACCUUAUCCUGUUAUCAAGGAGGAGAUUCGCGAGGCGGAACUCGAGCCAACCAAGUGCAAUAUUUGCGAGGGCAUCACGAACAGCGCAACGGACAAAAAGUGUCCGUGCAACGAUCAGCUCUAUUGGGAUGGCAACACGUGUGUGCAGCGUAAUUUGUGUCCGUGCGUGGAGAACUACGUUAGCUAUCCAAUUGGCAGCAAGUUCGAGAAUGCUGCUUGCGAGGAAUGCGUCUGUGUAUUGGGUGGUCGCAAGAACUGCAAACCGAAGAAGUGUCCGCCAUGCGAGGCACGACAUCUGCGUCCAGUGAUAACCAGCGAUUGUUUCUGCAAGUGUGAGCCGUGCCCUAAGCAGCAACGUGUGUGUCCUUCGAGUGGUGAUUGCAUACCCGAAGUGCUCUGGUGCAAUGGUGUGCAGGAUUGUGCCGAUGAUGAGGAUGCCAGCUGUCGGGAUUCCUUCACCGUUGAGCCGGACAUUAAACGCCAAAAGAAUGAGACCACUGUUAUUACGUGUCCAGCGCCAGUUUGUCCGCCACAGAUGAAAAUCAAAAUCAUUGAGAAGAAAGCACGCAAAAUGUCGAAAAUCUUUACGUUCCACAAACAAGUGUCCAUCGUAGACGAUGGCGUCAGCAUCACGAAAACCAAAUUCGUUUCAUCCGAUGAGCAAAUCUUGGCCAUGCCAAGCAGCAAACUCGACUAUCAGGAGGAGGAAGAAUGCAGCGAAUUCACUUGCGUGCCCAUUGCCAUCAAGGAGGUGAACAAAAACGAAACGCUCACCUGUGUGGAGCCCAAGUGCCCAGAGAAAUACGAUGUCGAACUGGACAUGAGCAAUGCCAAGGCGGGCGAGUGCCUUCGCUACACUUGCGUGCUGCGGCCCAACAAAGAUGAUGUGUGCGAGAUUAGUGGCAAGAGUUUCACCACCUUUGAUGGCACUCUCUUCAAGUACAGUCCCUGCAGUCACAUUCUUGCCCGCGAUAUUCACAACGGCAGCUGGACCAUUUCCGUGCAUCAACAGUGCACGGAUGAGACGCGCAAAGUGUGCCAUAAAGUAGUGACCAUCACAGAUCUACAAGCUGGCAAUGAACUGAUUUUGUUGCCACAGCUGAAGCUCAAGUUUAAUGGCUUCCAGUUUACCGUGGAACAGCUCAUCAAUUCACCCAUUUGCAAGGCUUCGUUUGUGGUUUCCCAGCCGGGCAAAACGCUGCUCGCCGUGUCCACCAAGUACGGCUUCUGGGUGCAAUUGGACGACAUUGGCAUUCUCAAGGUGGGCAUCUCCUCCAAGUUCAUACGCGCUGUAGAUGGUUUGUGUGGUUACUACAAUGGUAAUCCGCGUGAUGACAAACGCACGCCUGAUGGUCAAGUGCUGGCCAAUACGGAUAAGUUUGGCAACAGCUGGUACGACAAGCGGAUUCCCUUGGAUCAGUGCGGAGAUCAGAAGUGCACCAGGCAACUGCAAGCGAAGGCGCUGCAAUUGUGCAACAUUAUCAACCAUCCCACGUUUGCCAAGUGCCACAAGGCGGUCAACUACAAACAGUUCUCUAACAAUUACUGCCUCGAGGCAGCUUGCGACUGUCUGCUGGCCAACAAUGGCGAUGCCUCGGCCUGCAAGUGCAACAUACUCGAGAGCUUCGUCAAGAAGUGUCUCAGCGUGAACCCAUUGGCACAACUAACAACCUGGCGAGCAGUGCAUCAAUGUGAGAUCAGUUGCCCGGCGCCUUUGGUGCACUCUGAUUGCUAUAAGCGACGCUGCGAACCGUCGUGCGACAAUUUGCAUGGCGAUGAUUGUCCUGUCCUACCCGAUGUCUGUUUCCCCGGCUGCUAUUGUCCCGAGGGCACGGUGCGUAAGGGUGCCCAAUGUGUGCCCAUCACUGAGUGCAAGGAUUGUGUGUGCAAGUCGCUGGGUAACUCAAAGCAACUGACUUACGAUCGCAAGAGUUUCAGCUUCCAUGGCAAUUGCACUUAUCUGUUAUCAAGGGAUGUGGUGCUGCCCGGCGUGCACACGUUCCAGGUGUACGUGAGCAUGGAUGACUGCAAGAAACUGGGCCAAGAAAGUGCCAUUGAUGGCGCCAGCUGUGCCAAGGCGCUGCAUGUGCUCAACGGCGAUCAUGUGAUACAUGUGCAGCGAGUGCCAAAUGGUGGCAAACUGCUCCAAAUUCUUGUGGAUGGUUUCGAGGUGAAGACAUCGCCGUACAAGGAUAGCUGGAUUACGUUGCAUGGAGUCGAGGGCAAGGGAUUGGUGUUAGCACUGCCCGAACCACAUGUGGAACUGUCCAUUUCCUAUAGUGAUUUGAGCUUUACGUUGGAGGUUCCGAGCAUCAAGUAUGGCAGCAAAAUGGAGGGAUUGUGUGGCGAUUGCAAUGAGGAUGCCAGCAAUGAUUUGAAACCAAAUCCAGCCAAGCGCAAGCCAGGCAUUGAUGUCAUUCAGAGCUGGCAGGCGGAUGAACCCAAGCUGGGUCUCACCGAUGCACAGCAGUGUCUGAGCGAGGAGGUGCCCAAGGAGACCUGCGUUCCGCUGCCGCUCGAGAAGGAUCCCUGCCUGCAGUUUUACAAUAAGGAACUGUUCGGCCAGUGUGCGCUAGUCGUGAAUCCCAUUGCCUAUGUGUCCGCCUGCCAGCAGGAUAUCUGCAAGCCGGGCAACACACAACACGGCCUUUGCGUGGCGUUGGCUGCCUAUGCUAAGGAGUGCAACAAACAGGGCAUAUGCACCAAUUGGCGGCGUCCACAGCUCUGUCCCUAUGAGUGCCCCAGCGACAUGGUUUACGAGCCCUGCGGCUGUGCUAAGAACUGUGAUACCAUCAAGGCGCUGUCCGAAUACGAUGCGGUCAAUGUCAAGACUCAGUCGGUGUUCCACACGCUGAGCAGCGAUGAGAUGUGCCUGAGCUCGGAGCGGUUCGAGGGCUGCUUCUGUCCCCCGGGACAGGUCAUGGAUUUGGGCAAGUGCAUACCGGAGGCAGCGUGCACCAAAUGCGAUGAUGGCGUUCAUCUGCCGGGCGACAGUUGGCAGCCGGACAAGUGUACGGACUGUCAGUGCGAUGCUAAGGGCAAGAGUUCCUGUGUGCAGAAGAAGUGUCAAGUGGAGGAAAACAUCUGCGCAGAAGGCUACAAGCCACAGACCAUAGUCAAGGACGAUGAGUGCUGUCCGCGGUAUCGCUGUGUGCCUGAGCCCAAGGAGUCGCAGAAGCUCUGUCUGGCACCACUGAUGCCUGUAUGUGGUCCCGGACAGUUCAAGAAGCAAAAGAACGACGUCAAUGGCUGUCCACAGUAUAUUUGUGAAUGCAAACCGAAGGAUGAGUGCGAGCCCUUGCUGCCACCGCGUGAGCUUUUGCCGGGCGAGCAGCUCGUCAAGAUUGAAGAGGGCUGUUGUCCCACCCAGAAGAUUGUCUGCAAUCCGGAACAGUGUCCGCCGGCGCCAGCCAAUUGUGAGCAACGUUUCUACGAGGUCUUUACGCAGCAGGACAACGGCGUCUGUUGUCCCACCCACAAAUGCGUGCCACCAAAGCAUUUAUGCAUUGUACAAUACGAAGCGGAUAAAUCCACGAGCUUUACCAAGCAAAUUGGUGACAAGUGGCUCCACGUCAAGGAUGUGUGCAAGCAGGAACAGUGCUCUUAUGGUCCCGAUGGCAAUGCGCAGGUGAUUAGCAUCCAGGAGACAUGCAAGACGGAUUGUGCACCUGGCUAUAGUUAUAGGAAUCUGGAUAAGACCAAAUGCUGUGGCGAAUGUGUGCAGACUUCGUGUCUGUUCGAGCACAAACUCUAUGAUGUGAAUGCAAAGUGGAGUUCGCCGGAUAAUUGUACGCAUUAUAUUUGCCUGCAAAAGGAUAAACUGCUUAUGGUCAGCUCAUCGGUGGAAGUCUGUCCGGAUGUUAGCCAUUGUGCAGCCAGCUCGAUUUAUAUUGACGGUUGCUGUAAGCUCUGCAAAUCGGAGCCAAUUGUCGAGGACAAAUCUACUUGUCUGCCCAUAUCGCGUGCCGAGUCGCAGACAAAGGAGCUGCUGAAGUUCACCCAACCUGGCCAUGGUAUUUGUGUUAACGCCGAGCCUAUCAAGGGCUUUACGGACUGCGAAGGCGCCUGUAGCUCGGGCUCCAAAUACAAUCCGCUCACUGAUGUGCAUGAGAAGUUCUGCACCUGCUGCACCAUCAAAUCCUAUCAAUCGAUCUCAGUGAAAAUGCUUUGCGCCGAUGGCCAUACAUUCAUUCAGCGCCAUGAGGUGCCGUCCAAUUGUGGUUGUUCGCCUUGCAGCGAAUUCUCCGAGAGCUUGAUCGAUAUGCGAAUGCACGUGCCACAGGAUGAGCAAAGGCAAAUGCCAUUGCUUCAGCUAUUCGGUCAUAAUCGCAACUAAACAGAACGGCUAUAUUAGUUUCUAAGCGAUUAAUGCAAUUAUUUAAUAAAAACUGAAUAUUUUAAAAAUAAAUAUGCGGUACUUGAAGUUUUCAAA